GGGUCUCUGGGUCGGUUGUGGCCUCAUGAUACAAACGUUGGCGAGGAGGUCAGGCUGGGUGGCUGUGUUGCUCUAGAAUCAUGGGUCUCCCAAGAUACAUAGAGACAACAUGGUGUGGACAAGGUAUGGCUGUAUUAAAAUUUACAAGCAAAGAUGAAGAAGCUGGGGAUCAUUGUGAAGAACGCUCUGCCGAGGUGGGCAAGAUUAAGUGUUAUAUGUCAUCACAUCAUAUUAGGGAAUAUGAAAAGAAAACUUCGACAGGUGCUGAUGAGCAUACAGAUGAUGACAAGUCCCAGAAUUUUGUGACUGAUUCUGAAAUAAAGGUAGAUGUGUGUCCUCCAGGAGUAACACCCGAACUGUGGCAGUCUUGGUUGGUGCAUUGGGAGGCCUGGAAAGACAUUUACAUUCCUUUAUCCUGGGUACAUAAGUACCGAAAACACUGCACUCCAGAUUAUGUAGAGUGGCACGAUUCAUAUCUGGAAGAAUACCCGUGGAUAAUUCCUAGUAUUACUGAUGAGUUGGGAAACAGUGACUGUGAACUAGAUACAGAGAGUAACUUACUGGCAGAUGAGAUGAAUUCUGACGAGGUUAAUCAUAUAGAUGGUGAGACCAUUCAAAUCAACUCUCAUCCCAAUUCGAAGGAACAAAACUCAAAUUGUGAAUUGAAUUUGUUGGAAAGUAAUGCUGCACAAAAUAUAGAAGAAAGUGAGAAGUGUAUUGAUAAUCAAAAUAGUUCAAAUAAUAUUGAAAUACAGACUGUACUGGAAAACUCUUCCAGUCAAAACUUAGCUCCUAAAAAUGUGAAGAAAGAUAUUUUAGAUUCACUUUAUGAUAAACAUUCAGACAAAAGGUACUGGGUUCACCUUCGUAAUUUUUUAUAUGGUUUUGAUAUUGAAGUGGAUGAUGGUGUGGAUGAAUUCUUCUACCAGAAAGCUGGUAUACAUUUUGAUAAAAGCAGGAUCAUUAAUAACAGUGCUGAACAAGGGUUACAAAAUAUAGAAGAAAAUGUAAGUGGAAUUGUAGAUACCUUUGGGGGACAAGGGGAGGGGAAUGAACACAGAGAAGAUAUGGAAUAUGAUAUGAAAGUAAAUUUGCAAGAUUCCACCAUAGAACUAAAUAUUAAAACUGAAAAACAAAAUAUGGAAAAUACUGUGCAUACAUUUACUGAUAAGCAGAUUCAGCCCACUGUAACUGAAGGUCUGAAAGACUUGAAUGAUAAGAACACAAUGGAACAUUGUCAAAGGACACCAUCAAUGGACAAAAAUGUGGUUGAUGUGUGUGUGUCGGCAACACCUGUAGACUACACUAGCUGCGAAUUUAUGAACACAGAACCUACUCAUGGUGAGAGCAGCAGUGUGGCUUGUGAUUCUUCAGAGUAUUUGAUUUCAGAAGAACUCGAUGAAGCAAAAUUAGUUAUGCAAGACUUAACAGAUGAGUCGAAGAAUGAUCAAAUAUCUGAAGUUGAAUCAUCUGUUGACACUGAGGAAAAGGAGGAUGAAAGUGGCAGUCUCCCUACUGCUCCACUUAGCAUUAAGAAGCUCAUGACUAAAAAGAAAAAGAAAAAGCCAGUUAAAUCCAGUGGGCGUGCAGGCCUUGGCUGGGCUCUGCAGUAUAUCCAGUCCCAGGAAGGCGAGAUUAGGAAAAAUGGAAGUGAGAGAAAGUCCUUGGAAGUAACAUCAUUAUAUCCUAAAGACUCUGCCAAAAAGGCAAGCAGUAAAAAAUUAAAAUACUCUUCCGAAGAUCACAGUAACCAAAAUAUUUAUAGUACUAAUGAAGGUGCUAUGAGUGAAUGCAAGGAUGAAGGAAAUCUUAAUGGAAAAGUUAAUGGUUCCACCUCACAACUUGUGUGUAAGUGUGACAGAAGCAACAGUGCCUCUUCACAGGGUAUUAACAGUUCUGAUGAAUCGGGCUCCUAUGAUGCCAGCAACCUUGUUACCUCUGCAGUAGUUUCCAAAUGUGACAGUGAUAAGGAUCAAGGGGAGACAUGGCUUAAGCGUUUAAACGAAAUUGCACAUUUUACAAGUUUUGUGGUGACAAGUGCAUUCCAUUUAUUUGGUCUGAUGUUUCCUGUAUUCUCAGGAGAAGUGUUCAAGAUGCCUUUUCAAGAGAAGUUGCCAGUGUCCUGUGAAUCUCAGCAUCACUCUCUUCCUCAGAACCAACCUCUAGACACACUUAAAGGAAAAUGUUGGAAUCGAGUUGAUAAAAAUCACAACAAGUUGUUUAAGUGGCUGCGACCUCUGGCUUGUUCUCUCCCACCAUCUUCCACAAUAAAUCCUGCAGAGGGUGUUGUAUUAAAUGAGUUCCGUGUUCAUUCAGAAAAACGGGACUAUCAGAGAAUGUAUCAUUCAGUGGAGAAGAAUGUUGCAGAUGAUGGUACAACACAUUUAAAUCUAGAGACUUUGAAUUUACUUGAUAAUGAACAGGUGAAUGAUUCCUAUCCAGUUUUUUCAAUAAGUAAUGAUGUUGACCAUGAAGACUGGACUAGAACAUAUACUACUUUUGAUGAAGAAGGAAAUGCAGAGUCUACAACAAGUGUUACAGGAUUAUUAAAGACGCAGGAAGAAAAUCCAGAAAUGGCAGAAAGAGCAACAUGGAGGGAGAUAAUUUCUGGGUGCCAAAUAGUAAAUUAUGGCGUGAUAGCAGAGUCUCCACCACCUGACAUUCCCAAGGAUAUACAUAAAUACUGGGCCCAAAGGCAUCGUUUAUUUAUUAAGUAUGAUGAGGGUAUAAAGUUGGACCAAGAAUCAUGGUAUUCAGUGACUCCAGAGUUGAUUGCUGCUCAUCAUGCUGAUAGAUGCAGAUGUGAUACAGUUGUGGAUGCCUUUUGUGGAGCAGGAGGCAGUGCUAUACAGCUUGCCUUGACAUGCAACCAUGUGAUAGCCAUAGACAUAGACCCAGAAAAAAUUGCUCUUGCGCGCCACAAUGCUAAUGUGUACGGAGUAGCUGACCGCAUUGAAUUCAUUAUUGGAGACUUCUUCAAACUUGCCCCCAUGCUGAAGGCUGAUGUGGUGUUUCUUAGCCCACCAUGGGGAGGUAUAGAGUACCUUCGUGAUGAUGUAUAUGAUGUGAGAAGCUUAGGUGGAGUGCUUAGCUGUGAGGAGCUGUUAGCUGCUGCACAAGCUAUUACCACUGAUAUUGCCCUCUACCUACCAAGGACCAGCAACAUUUAUCAGAUUAUUGAACUUGCUGGCAUUGGUGGCACUGUUGACAUUGAAUAUAACCACAUGGGGAGGAAGAAGAAGGCACUUACAGCUUAUUUUGGAGACCUGGCUCAUUACUGAUCUAUCAUCAGCUUUGGAAAACAAAUUAUGUAUAUAAUUAGGAAUUUUUCUUGGAUUAAAUAAGCAGACAGUGAUAGAUUGAUUUAGUUACACUAACUUUUCCUGUAUCCUGGAUACAGUGUAGGAGAGGCCAGCCCAGCAAUAUGGAUACAGUAUUAUGGACUUGGAGAGGUUAGGAUCCCAUCAUAACUUGUAUUUAAAUAGCUUUACAUUUUUGUAUUGCCAAUAAAUAAUACCUGGGAUGUAAAAUUACUGGACUGCAAGUACUUCAGUUUUCAGUAACAUUUAUUCUUAUAUGAAAGUAAAGAGCCAUAUGUAUUAUAUUAUAAUACAGUAUUGCAUAACUGCAUUUGCAAUGCAGUAAUUACUGAAUAAAAUGUUUUUAUUCUUA